AAUUGACCGAGGACCGUUGCAGCUCAACUUCAACUACAUCUGCUUACUACUACCAGCCAGAGUACAUGCUCGGAUUCGACAUUACCCUCGAUACCCACUUUGGGCGACCAGAGUACAGACUGCAACUCUAUGCUUUCGAUGGUGCCCUCAAGCCAGUGAUGUGGCAGACGUACAACCCACCGCAGAUGCUGCCGACGGAGCUCCUUGUAGAGACAAUCUAUGGAACGACGUCGUAGUCGCGCUGGUUCCAAUGCAAGCAUCAAUGAAUGCCUCAUGGACGUGGACAUUGGCAUGCUGAUGGACAUGAAUGUGGGCCAGGAAGGGGCGCUAGACUCGCAGGACUACGAGGCGCAGAAAGUAGCAGGCCAAGGGCCUCAAGCUGUGUAAAUAUACCGAUCAUCCCCCACCCCCCGCGCAUCCACACCUUUCUCAAGUUUUCUAGGAACCAUCAAGCUCGCUUCGAAGGACGAGGAAUGGACCAUGGCGUUAUCCACGAUGAUGAGCAGCACGAAGGGAUCUUGUGGCUUGUGAGCUCUUGGCUCUGCGCCGCUCUUCUUGCUCGAACCGACGCGAUGCACCACCACACCGAGCUCUCCUUCAAGACUUCAUCCAGGCUUUCCCUUUCCUCCUCGAUCGUGCGUUUCUUCCCUCCCCAAGUCCUGGUCCCAGUCCUACUGCUGGUCCUGGUCCUAGUGGUGGUCCUGGUCCUGGUCUUUCCUGUAGUGAUUGGACUAGGCUCCUCUGCUGCACUGCACUGCACUGCAAUGCACUACAAUGCAAUGGUAGGGUUCGUUCGCUCAAUCGCUCGCUCAUUCGCAAAGUCCGGAGCAGGCAUGCAUGCAAGGAGCAGACGUUACGACACGACUCGACACGACACGGUAGGAGAUCGACUCCAUUUACAUCUAUUGCCACGCAGGCGCCGCCGCCGCCGCCGCCGACGAAGGCGCACAAUACAACAACACAACAACAGACAAUGCCUCUUUGCCUUCACCUCUACCCUUUUCUUGUCUCCCCUCCUACCCUUCCUCUCCCUCUCCUCUCUCAAUCCUCUUCUCUUUCCCCUCCCCCCUUUGUCUUCCUUUCCUUCCUUCCUUUUCGAUGAUCCGUUGAAUCUCAUGCACGCACUCACUUCCAUGAACCCAGAAAGAAGAUCUGAAAUGAAAUGAAACUGAUGCGGACGCUGAUGCUAGGAGGCUGAAGCGAGCCUGAAAAGGGGAGAGAGAAGAUGGAAGGAUUGUCACCUCGUGAUACCACCA